UAAAUAUAUAUAUAUAUAUUUAUAUAUAUAUAUAUUUGAGAGGUUUUGCAUUGAAAACUACCAUCUUUUAAUGACCAAGAAGAAGAUCUCCAGAGAAAGGAGACAAAGAUCUCCAGAGAAAGGAGACAAACAAUGUAAAUACGCUUAUGAUUUGAUUAUGUAAUAACUCCUCUUUCAUGGUUGGGGAGAUUUACAGAACUUUUUUAGCUUUUAAAAUUAUUAUCUUAUAUUUGAAACUAAGGAAAACAAUCACAUCUAUUAGAGGAAGUCUAACUAAAACAGAGCAUUCCAUUCUAUAUCUAUCAGAGGAAGUUUUGUAGAUGCAUUUUCAACACUUUUUUUUUUUUUUUUUUGACCCCGAAAAUGUUUUUGGACACAAAAUAGCCGAAACAAAAGCCUUACAAAGCCUUGAUGUACAAAGGAAGGUUCAGAACAUCUAAGUGGGAUCAGAUCUAAGCUGACUACAGAAUGAGUUUUAAGGUCGACAAAGCAUGGGGCUAAACCGGGACCCAUUGACGAGCUCACAACAACUCAUUGUACGUGCACUCCUACACUGCAUUGCUCUGUUCUGCUCUGCUCCACCACCAACCACCAACCAGCCGGACCUCCCAACUCCAACCCACCGUCCACUCAUUCACUUUCAUCAUAUCAAUAUCAAUCUAUAUAUAUAUAUAUAUAUAUAUAUAUAUAAAUAUAUAAUUCAACUUUCCCAAAUUUCCAUCUUCAUCUUCUACUUUUUAUUGUUGCUUGUAAGAUACGCUUCCAUGGCUCUCAUGCGCACCAGAAGUCGCAUAGCUAAUCCUGCACCCCCACCGUCUCCGAUCCCCACCGCCAAAGGAUCGCGUUCGGCUUCCAAUGAGAUCCUCGCUCAGUUUCUCGAUAACACCCUCCACAUCCCCGACCUCACCUUGCCUGCUUCUCACUUCCCGGAGACCCCCGCCUCACGUCUUCGUCGUCAACCAGCGACUCCCGCCGACGUUGAUCUCCGUUCGCUUCUCUCGUCUUCCGGCUCCAUCGAUAGGCUUCUGGGUUCGGCUAAGGAAUUCGGCGCAUUUCUCAUCAGAGGCCAUGGGGUUUCUGUCGACGAGCUGCGAUCGUUGGUUCGAGAAGCUGAUUGGGCAUUAUUGGGGAAUUCGGAAAAUCCGAGAGGUUUCGUUGUUCGGCGAAAUGGUGAUCGGGAGGAGAUGGUUUGGAUUCGUAAUGGGAAUGAAAGAAUGGAAUCGUUGCAACAGGUUGAAAGAUAUCGGGACUUCAGUGAAAAGAUGGACAGCAUUGCGAAUAAACUCGAUGCAAUUGCGGAGCAACUAAGUCAAGUUUUCUAUACAAAUGCAGAAAAGCAGCCAUCUCAGAAGAUAAUUCAGGGCAAGGAAAUUGCUCUUAGUUUGUACAGAUACAACCACCAAAAUUCCAUGGAACAAAACCCUGCACUACACGACGAGAUACAGAAGGAAUUGUUUGAGCAUGCUUUAAGCCUUCACCUUCCCAUUGAGCCUUGUGAAUUUCAUAUCCAAUCGGAGGCAGGUCCUCUGACUUUUAAUGCAGGCACAGAGACAAUAAUUGUCACUGUUGGGAAACAGCUAGAGGAAUGGAGCAAUAAGGAAUUUAAAAGUGUUACUGGGAUAACGACCUUUAGUCCACACAUCAAUGGAAGCCAACCCUCUUUCUCUAUAGAGCUGAGGUUUUCAACUUCAAGUUUAAAGAAUGUUGUGGAGAGAAAUUUUAAGACAAUCUCCAUCGUCGAUCAGAUCAUAAUUGCAAUAAUGUUUGCUUUGGUAUACAAAUUUUUUGUGUUCAUAUCUUCACUAAUUACAGGAACAUAGAUACAGUGGUGGUUCAUAUUUCCUUGUGACAUGCAUGGAAAUGCUAGCUUCUUUGGUUGUUGGGUGAUAUUGAUGGCUUUACAGGAUUUUUUUUCUCUUUUUUUUUUUUUUUUUUUUUUUUUUUUUUUUUUUUGGGUUUGCUUUUUCUUUUUUGAAAUGUAUACUAGGAUCCUUUUGAUGUAUAGUUCGGGAUCCAUGGCUUGAAAGAGUGUAGAUUGAGUCGCAGAGUUGUUACACACAAAAUUCAUUGUAUACAAAACAAUAAUAAUAAUAUCCGAAUUUGCCGUUUGAUUUGAUGUAAAA